UAUACCUGCUCACUUUUACUCCUCCCCCCAAUAAUUGGCUCCUUCCUUCUCCUAACGUCACAGGCAGUAUAUAAAGAAUUGACCUGCAUGCAGAACCUUCUCACUCGAGAGAAAACCCACCAAAGACUGCCAAGAUGAAAGUCAAGGACAUGACAUUCAAGGAAGGGAUGGAGUUUAAGAUCCGUGUCAGGCCGGAUGACAACUGCAACAGCUUUGCAAUCAACAUUGGUCAUGAUUCUGACAACAUCGCACUGCACUUCAACCCUCGCUUUGACAGCGGAGGAGUCCAGAAUAUCAUUGUCUGCAAUUCCUUGUCAGGAGGUUGCUGGGGCGACGAACAGCAUGAGGGAAGCUUCCCCUUUGUGCGUGGGGAGGAAUGCAAGUUUUACAUCAACUUCAACAACGAGCAGUUUUAUAUCAAACUUCCAGAUGGCAGCAUGAUGAACUUCCCCAACCGUCUGGGAGAAGUCAAGUACAAGUUCUUUGACGUCAGCGGCGAUGCAAGAAUUGUGGGAAUCAAGCUCAAGUAGAGGAUAAACUCCUCUCUCGUAAUAUUCUGAUCUGAAUCCCAUCACGUUAUUUGCUGUUUGCAGAAAUAGUCUGUUUCAUGGAGCUGAGCUCAGGCCAGAUCGCUGGUCUUUUAUUAUGCUGAAAAACAAUCGUGCACUGCUUGUAAUGAGAGGGAAAAACCUAAAGAUGGAGCCAAAGCACAUGUUAUUUCACUGCUAUUGCCUUAACAGGUCAUCAAUAAAGCUGACAAAGGAAAAAGCUUGA